UUGGAGACGUCGGCGCCCUCUCCGCGCUCUCGUGGACGCACAGAGACGCGCGCUGGUCUCCUCAAAGGAAUUUAACUUAAAAUGUUUAGAUAAGUGCUUCCUGUUCAAUCUGUUGCUACCGCCGUGUUUGGGGCCAUUACCAUGGAGACAGUAGUGAUUGUGGCGAUCAGCAUCCUGGCAGCCAUUUUCCUAGCCUCUUUCGUGGCUCUGGUCGUGGUCUGCAAACACCGCUACUGCCAUCCUCACGACCUGCUGCAUCAGUUUGACUCCAAACCCACAGUUGACCUUAUUGGAGCCAUGGAGACGCAGAGUGAACCGUCCGAGCUGGAACUGGACGACGUCGUGAUCACUAACCCUCACAUAGAAGCCAUUCUGGAGAACGAGGACUGGAUAGAGGACGCUUCUGGCCUGGUCUCACACUGCAUCUCCAUUUUAAAGAUUUGCCACACGCUAACAGAAAAGCUGGUUGCGAUGACGAUGGGCUCGGGGUCAAAGGUCAAAGCACCAGCCAGUCUCAGUGAUAUUAUUACAGUGGCCAAACGCAUCAGUCCAAGAGUGGACGAUGUGGUCAGAUCUAUGUACCCACCACUGGACCCAAUUCUCCUGGAUGCUCGGGCCACUGCUCUGCUGCUCUCCGUCAGUCACUUGGUUCUGGUGACCCGAAACGCCUGCCACAUGUCGGGGAGCCUGGACUGGAUUGAACAGUCCCUGAACGCCGCCGAGGAUCACAUGGUCGUGCUGAGGGAGGCCGCGCUCGCCUCUGAACCCGAGAGGGGCUUUCCGGCGCCCGACCCGCAAAGAGAACAGGCCAUUUAAGAUGUAUGAUGUACUCUUGUGUUUAUGUAUGUGUAAAGGGCUGGAGUCUUACACUGAGGUUUAUGACACGUGAGGAAUGUGAAAAAGCUUAAAUGAGAUGUGUUUGGUUAAAAUGUUAGUGGGAUUUACAGUGUCUUGAUGUGAUAAGAUUUGACUAUAGUUCAAAAUGAAAACAAUAAUGAUUUGAACCCAGUUAGAAAUGAAAUAUGUUGAAAAAAAUCCAACAAAAAAAGGCAGCAGUAGCUCAGUUGGAAAGAAAGUUUAUCCACUGAGUCACAGGUUGGCGGUGCGACUCCAGCUCACACAUAUGAAUGCUGUCGUUGUGUCCUUGGGCAAGACACUUAACCCACCUUGCCCCCCAGUAUUUGUGUACUCUGGUGUAUGAAUGUGUGUGUGAAUGAGUGAGCGCUUUGAGUGACUUAAAGGUGGAAAAGCGCUGUAUAAAAUCAUCAAUCUAGAGCUGAUACAAUAGACUCAAAGUUAAAUAACUGUCACUAUGGCAACUGUAGUAUAAUUUUGAGGGUGAAUAAAACUGUAGUAUCAGGAGCACAACUACACACAGGAUUUGUAUCUUAUAAUUAUUAGUAUUUUUGUAUUUUUUCCAAUUGCAAUGGUGGAUGAAGUACUCAGUUUUGAUACUUAAGUAAAAGCACAGAUACAGAGGUGAAAAGCUACUCAAGUAAAAGUAAUAGUAUCACAUGAAAAAAUCUACUUAAGUAUGUGUUCAAAUAUGUACUUUAAGAGUAAAAAGUAUUUCACACAAGGGUUAAUUUGUGAAAGUGUCAAUGUAGUGAUGUAGAUUAAAAAUGAGACACAUUUUGGUCACAGUAAGAACACAAAUCAGUUUUUUAAUUUUGUGUAUUUAUUUCUGUUUGCUCAAAGCCAAACUCAAAAACUUUAGGCAGGAUGUUACCACGAACAUAAAAAAAACUUUUUACUUUCAGUCCAGUUAAAGAAAGUACAGAUACUGCUCUCAAAUAUAGUGAAGUAAAAGUAAAAAUUCACUGUUAAAUAUACUACUUAAUUACAGUACUUAACUACUUUUACUUUAUGUUCCGUCAUUGCCCAAUUGUCCAACCUUCUUUUAAUAAAACAAACUCUCUGUGUAAAGUCUUUAGUAUAAGUAUGUUUCAGACUUAAACUUGAACAGCUCUGUGUUUCUAUUUGUUUACAUAUGUUUUACGUUUCUAUCAUUAUUAUGGACUGAAGUAAACAGCUGAACAAUGACAAUAAAGAACCACG